AACAAACGUGUUCACAUCGUCUGCACCAAAUUGCUCAAUUUUCUUGAGUUAAUCGCAGAAAAUGGACAUAAAAAUAGUUGAUUUUCACGGAAAAUACCAAAAACUAUUAGGAUACAUUGAAGAUUCGCAACUUGCAAGCGAAUUAAAGCAGGAAACACACAAGAAUGUGUUGGAGAACCUGACAAAAUGUCUUUUAAACCCCGAUUUGACUGAAACAACUGCUAGACUCUUCCCGGAAAUUGUUGUAAUAUUGUUUGCUGAAAUAUUCUCAACAACUGAGAGUGAUGCAAACUCGUACAAACAAAAGGUUAUUGCUCUCGCGAAAUUAAUUGACUCACAUUCUAUGUUGAAAAGUUUGGCAUACAAUCAUUUCAAAGCAAGUCCAUUAAUUUUCUGGGAAAAAAACACCGAUAAAGCUCGUCCAGCAAAACAACGCCGUGUCACUAGUCAAGUACCGCCUCCAUCGGAUGCCGAAAUUGUUAAAGCGGCUUACUACUUGCUCAAAUCCGAUCCAAAUUUAUUCAAACAGUUGUGGAAGUGGUCCGAUUUCCUAGAUCUCUACUGGAACAAAGGCGACGACGUACAAAAAUUCUUUUGUAAUAAAAUAAUUGGAAUUUUAACAGCAGCUGAACAAGCACGUGUAUCGAAAUUACACAAAAUGUCAAACAUUUCAGAAGAAGUCCUUUUAUUCGAAGGAAAAUCAUGCAAGACCAUAAACUUCGACUAUCAAGUAUCGUCAACGACAACCGAAGACCUCACAGUGACAGUGCAAAAUUCCGACUACAUAAAUGUCGAAGGCGUCUUCCUGCCAAUUUACGAUAAAAAUCUGGCAACAGUACCAUCAGAUGUCCAAAUGGUCGGCAGUACACGUACAAAUUUACGUAGUUUGGCAGUUGCAGUGGCUUCAAAUAAGCCAGCUUGCCUAAACGGACCUGUGGGAUGUGGAAAAACUAUGCUCGUCGAUUAUUUAGCCAAAGUAACUGGGCGUGCAGCAACAUUUAUUGAAAAUGACGAGAAUUCAACGGACACACAGCAUGAAGGGACGAAGAGAAAACGACAAGAUAGUGAUACAGUGGAAGCAAGUUCACCAGAUCCGCCAGUUAACGCAAUGUUGCGUAUUCAAUUGGGAGACCAAACAGAUAGUAAGACAUUACUAGGUCAAUACAGAUGUACAGACGUUCCCGGAGAAUUCGUUUGGCAACCAGGCGUCCUUACACAAGCCGUUAUGCACGGAUCCUGGUUAUUGCUGGAAGACUUGAAUGCAGCAACGCAAGAUGUUUGCACUGUACUCACCGGACUGUUGGAAAAUAAUUUCCUGAGUGUACCUGGAUUUCGGAAUAACUUACGCAUUGAGCCUGGAUUCCAACUCUUUUUAACUAUGAGAUCCGGCAGUUCUGCAUCUGCCUCAAAGCAAUAUCAGCCAUAUACACUUUUGGAAAAAUAUCUCUAUACGAUACACUUAUUACCGCUUUCCCGUGACGAGUUGUGCGAAAUUGUGAGUAAACGGUUCACGAAAUUGGCCACUGUUGCAAACAGAAUCGUCGACAUUUUCCUGACUUUUUCCAGUGGUCGUCAUACUACAAAUGACGAAAAUGACACAACUGAUGAUUCUUAUGAAGCGUUACCACAUACAAGCAGCGUUAGUAUUGAGGAAGUGUCUCGCUCCGGUCGUCUUCUAUCCACGCGCGAUCUUUUCAAGUUAUGCAAACGUUCUGAGCCAUCGUUUUCCGUUAGCAGUACUGAAUGUGCUUAUUUUGUAUUUCAAAAUGCAGUGGAUAUCUUUUGUUGUCAUUUGGCGCAAGGAAAGCUACGGACAGCCCUAUGCGUUGAAAUUGGAUCCAAAUUGGGAAUCAUACAAUCUCGAUGUGAAUACCUUGCGGACGAAAAUAAACCGGAAGUCGAAAUAACGGACGAAACAAUUUCGGUUGGUCGAGCAAAAUUGAGUCGAUUACUUCCCGUGGUGUCGAAGAAACGCGCAAAAUUGGAAGCUUUGCAGACAAGUGAUGCUCCCAUUUUUUCUUUUACCCGAAUUGCAGCUUGCAUACUUGAGAGAAUUGCCAUUUGCGUCGAGCAAAAUGAGCCGGUGCUGUUGAUCGGUGAAACGGGUGUCGGCAAAACAAGUUCUGUGCAAUUUUUGGCACACAAAAUGAGCAGGAAACUUGUCGUUGUGAAUAUGAAUAACCAAAGUGACGUUUCAGACUUGAUUGGAGGCUACAAACCCGUUGAUUUGAAAUAUAUCAUUGCUCCACUGCGGGCAGAGUUCGAAGGAGUCUUUCGUGAGACCUUUAAUGUCGAAAAAAAUCAAAAGUUCCUUCAAAAUAUCAGUAUUUGUUUCAAUAGUGGCGAUUUCUCGAUUCUCGUGAAACUAAUGUUGAAAAUUAUCGAUCCUGCGAUGAAAAAAUGCGAAGGUGAUCAGCAGUUAUUAAUCCAUUGGAAGCAACUACGUACAAAAUUGACAAAACUUAAUAAGCAGUUGACGGAAAAAGCGAAUAUUUCUUUCGCUUUCAUACCGGGUUCGUUAGUGAAUUGCAUUAAAAAUGGCGAUUGGAUUCUGCUUGACGAGAUAAAUCUUGCAUCUUCCGAGACUCUCGAGUGCCUUUCGACUAUUUUAGAACCAAAUGGCUCCGUCAUUCUCUUAGAAAAGGGGGAUUUUAAGCCUGUGUCACGUUCUAAGCACUUUCGUAUAUUUGCUUGUAUGAAUCCGAGCACAGACGUUGGAAAAAAAGAUCUUCCACAGGGCAUUCGAAAUCGCUUUACCGAAUUUUUCGUCGACGAACUGACGUCAGAACGUGAUUUAACAAUCUUGGUCAGCGAUUAUCUACUGAAAACGGGAAUGCAACCAUCUCGCAUCCAUGCAGCUGUAAAAUUGUACCGAAAAUUGAGACAACUUGCACAGUUGGACUUGAACGAUGGUCUUGGAAAUCGUCCAACCUACUCGUUGCGUACACUUUGUCGUGCCUUGAAUAUUUCUGCGAAAAAUUUAUGUGGAUCUGUGGAACGGAAUCUAUAUGAAAGUUUUUGCUUGAGUUUUCUCACACAAGUAGACGCGAUUUCGCACGAUCAAGUUUUGAAGUUGAUUCAAGGAGCGUUAGUGAGCGAUGUCAAGGCUGUUUUAUCGUACAAAAUACCGAAACCCAAAGACGGAGACUAUAUCAAUUUCGAAGGAUACUGGAUUGAAAAAGGAACAAAUGAAGUACUAGAAUGUGCAGAUUAUAUUUUGACCGAAAGUGUCAAGAAAAACUUGAAAGAUUUGGCUAGAAUCAUUUCUAUUGGAAAACUUCCUAUCUUGCUUCAAGGACCUACAAGUGCUGGCAAAACCAGUCUCAUUAGCUACAUUGCUAAGAAAAGUGGAAACACCUGUGUUCGUAUCAAUAAUCACGAACAUACCGACAUCCAAGAAUACGUUGGAACAUAUGUGGCGGACGUUUCUGGUCGUUUAGUCUUCAUGGAAGGCGUUCUCGUUCAAGCAAUGCGAAAUGGCUACUGGAUUAUUUUGGACGAGCUCAAUUUAGCGUCUAGUGAUAUUUUGGAGGCUUUGAAUCGCGUACUUGAUGACAAUCGGGAACUUUAUAUUCCUGAAACGCAAACUGUUGUGAAAGCACAUCCAAAUUUCAUGCUUUUUGCAACACAAAACCCUCCCGGCUUGUAUGGCGGACGAAAAACUUUAUCACGUGCAUUUAAAAACCGUUUCGUUGAGUUGCAUUUCAUCGACAUUCCACGACCGGAAUUGGAAAUCAUCUUAGAAAAACGUUGUUUGAUUCCCGCUUCUUAUGCGAAAAAAAUGGUUAAAACAAUGUCUGAACUGCAGAUGAAUCGUCAAACGACAGCUAAAAGUAUGUUUACGCUUCGUGAUUUGUUCCGGUGGGGCAAUCGAUACACAUUUGCGAACAAAAAAUUGAUGGACGACAAGAAUUAUGAUUGGAAUCAACAUUUGAUUGACGAGGGAUAUCUUGUUCUUUCAUCGCGAAUCCGUACAGAUUACGAAACAGAAAUAAUUGGACAAGCGUUAUACGCGAAUUUCCGUAAAAAGGUUGACUUGGAACAACUUUUUACUUUAAAUGAACACACAUCAGCUGUAACACGGCCCGUUUUGGAGUCCUUAAGUGCCCAAAAAGCUAACGAUGGAGUAGUUUGGACAUUCAAUAUGCGACGAAUGGCCGUUUUGACGGCAAAAUCAUUGGAAUUCAAUGAGCCAGUCUUACUUGUCGGGCCAACUGGUUGUGGAAAAACGACAAUGUGCCAAAUUCUCGCUGAUAUUGCACAAAAACGUCUGCGAAUCCUGAAUUGUCACUUACACACCGAAAGUGGAGACUUCUUGGGAGGUCUUCGUCCAUAUCGCGGCGACGACUCCAAAGGAAACCAGCUUUUUGAAUGGGCGGAUGGUCCGUUGAUCGAAUCUAUGCAAGAAGGAAGCAUUUUUCUCGCUGACGAAAUUUCUUUAGCUGAAGAUUCAGUCCUAGAACGUCUUAACUGUCUUCUUGAACCAGAACGGACCUUGCUGUUGGCGGAAAAGGCUACAACGGAAGAUAUUUCAUCGAAAUCGUAUGAAAUAACCGCAGCUGCAGGCUUUCAAUUUCUCGCUACCAUGAAUCCUGGUGGAGAUUUUGGCAAAAAGGAGUUGUCACCCGCUCUGAGAAAUCGUUUUACUGAAAUUUGGUGCAGACCGGCACAACGGAAAGAUGAUUUAGUGGCAAUCGCUGCGCAUUCACUUAAGAAAUGCUUAAAAGCUGAAUCAGAUGUUGUCGAACGCGUCGCAAAAAUUAUCAUUGAGGUGUCUUUGCAUCUGAAAGCAACAGUGGAAAAAUUAGUUUUCUCCAUUCGUGAUGUUCUUGCAUGGUGCAAUUAUUUAGGAAAAAAUGUUUCGCCAUCAAUGAUGACCAUUAGUGAUGGAUUAAGCUUGGGUCUACACACCAUCUUCCUCGAUGCUCUUGAAAUGUUACCGUAUGAAGAAGAAGACAUCGAAAAAUUUAAAAAGACAACUUUAAAUCUUCUCAAUUCCAAAUUACGACCAGAAUUUGGAGUAGAUAACGCCCUGAAAGCGACACCUCCAGAAAUUCGUGAAAAAAAGGUGUUUGGAAUCACUCCCUUUUUCAUACAAAUCAAUCCAGAAUCUGCUGUAGAUUGUCCAGAUUUUCAUUUCACCGCUCCCACAACGUGUCAAAACCUUUUCCGGCUUUUAUCAGCAUUCAGUUUAGACAAAGCUGUUCUCCUUGAAGGGUCACCUGGUGUUGGUAAGACUUCCCUUGUGGAAAAUCUUGCACGUACGAUCGGCUACAAUGUCGUCCGUAUCAAUUUGUGCGAACAAACAGAUCUCGCAGACCUUUUUGGCACAGACUUGCCCAGUGAGGACUUAACCUUAAUGGGUGAUGACAAAGAAAAUGAGUCUCCAGAUCGGAAACUCGGUGCAUUUACGUGGCGCGAUGGACCGUUAUUGGCAGCGUUGAAAAGUCCCAACACGUGGAUACUGUUGGAUGAGUUAAACUUGGCCCCGCAGAGUGUUUUGGAAGGAUUGAACGGAAUCCUGGAUCAUCGUGGUGAAGUUUUUAUCCCUGAAUUGAAUAAAACAUUCAAGUUGGGACAACGAACACGAAUUUUCGCAACCCAAAAUCCAUUGAAACAAGGAGGUGGACGCAAAGGACUUCCACAGUCAUUCUUAAAUAGAUUUACUAAAGUGUAUCUAAAAAAAUUGGAACACGAGGACUUACUGUACAUUUUGAAAAGUAAAUACGAAGACUAUUUUACAGCAGCACAAAAGCUAUUUGACCAAGAUUUCGCUGAGAAGAUGGUUGUGUUCUCUGAAAAACUCGACAAAGGAUUUUCAAAGCUUGAAUACGGAUACAAAGGAGGUCCUUUUGAAGCAAAUUUACGUGACAUGAUGCGAUGGUGCGAGUUCUUGAUCGCUUCAUGCCCCACAGUGCCCAAAAAUCGUGAAAUAUUCGAGCAAACUUUGUUUGAAAAAAUGCAAUUGGUUUACAUUAACCGUAUGCGCUGUGAUAUUGACAAAAAAUUCAUUCAAGACUGCUUUGCUGAAGCUUUUGAUUACAAAAAUAUCGAUUCACUUGUCACAAAUUCUUCCGUUGUUUCUGUUUACUGGACAGACGAAGCACUUUUCUUGAAUGAACUGCAGAUCGAUAAAAUCCCGGAGAAUGUACAAUUAUUUGGACAUAAUUCUCUGAACUCUUCUCCUCUGCUGCUACAAAGUCAAGUCGCGAUGAUCAAAGAUAUUGCCGAGUGUUCCAAACAACGGAAGCCAGUUUUGUUGUGUGGACCCAGUGAUUGUGGCAAGACGAAAAUGGUGCAAAUGUAUGCAAGUGUCACGGGCACUGAGAUGGUCACAGAUACAAUUGAAGACUCUGUUACUGGAAGCUUUCAACAGUUUGAUUUUAACCGUCAUCUGGAAGAAAUAGAUCGUGAUGUAGAGUCCGCAAUUAAUUCGUUAAUCUUAGACCUUGUCUCAGAAAUUACUAAGGAAAAGCCUAAAGAUGCAGAGUUACGAAAUGCAUUACUUAGUACUCUUAAAAGCUGGGAAAAGUAUACAGUGAUAUCGAAUGAGAAAUUACCUUUGGUCAGUGAAAAUCUUUCACAAGAAGAAUUGAACCUAUUCACGAAACGAAUGGUAGAAUUUGGAAAAUUAUUGGUUUCAGUUUCAAAUACUGUCACUUCACUCUCGAGCAUCUUGGAUAAGAAAGCAAAAGACUUACAUGCGAAAAGGCUUCUUUUCGCAAGUGUAGCCGCUGAAAUCAAGCACAAAAGUACUAAUUAUGCAAGAAUUAUUCGAAUUCUAAGAGAUUCAUUGAGAGCCGUUAGUCGUUUGCAAUCUGCUCUGGAAAUUUCCGGUAGUCUCAACACUGGAGGUCGUUUCGAAUGGAUUGACUCGCAGAUUGUCAAAGCAGUUGCUCUUGGCGGUGCAAUUUGUCUGGAUCACGUUAAUUUAUGUUCUUCAGCAAUUCUCGAUCGUUUAAAUCCAGUCUUUGAACCAAAUGGAUCAUUACUAGUAUCGGAAAAGGGUGUCACAAUGGAUGAUGGUAAAAACACAUCUGUGGUCCAAAAACAUUCGAAUUUCGAGGCAUUUUUAACAAUGGACCCCAAAAACGGCGAAAUUUCUCGUGCGAUGCGCAAUCGAUGUCUCGAACUGGCAAUAAUUAGUUCAGAAUUUUACACAGAAGAUGACUUUAAACGUCUCAUUUUCCGACAAGGUGUCCAUGAACUGUGUCUCAUCAAUAAAAUUCUCGCAAUCCAUCAUCGUCUCAAAGCCGUUUCAGAUUUUUCCACCUUCAAUGUUUCGGAUCUACUCAAAUUUGGAUUCCUUGUCAAAUGUAACUUGGAUCUGGGAGGCAAUCCAAAGCACGCCUUGUCCAGUAGUGCAAUAGAAGUUUAUGUCAGAGGAUCAAAUAUUGAUUUACUUGGUUUUGGAAUCAAUUUCUACAAAAAUAAGUUGCGACAAGAAAUCAUGGAUGAGCUGAACGACUUUUCAUUUCAAAAAUCAUACAUUGAGUACCAGAAUCUCGUAGUGUCAGCAAACAACUUGACAUCUGCAGCUCUUGUGCGAUUCCAAUUCGAGCCACUUUUUGCAUUAAUAAGAGUUGCCACAGAAGCAAAUUUACAAGACACGACGAAACAGAUGCAAGACGUUCUGGUAAAUGUAAGUCAAAAGCAUCGGUUAGUGAAUGAACAUGAAUUUAACACACGUGAUCUUGAAAUGAUCCUGUUGGUCUUGUAUCAGGCGAGUUCGGUAUCCGACUUAUCAUUGAGACAUCUUUACAUGGAAACAUUUUUGAAAGAAUUUUCUGGCAAUGAGAGUCUUGUUCAUCAACUUUUGGAACUGAAUACCAAAUUUUUUGAUUCCGUGAAAAGGAUGAGUCGUUUUUGCAAGACGCCAAAUCUCCCAAUGAAUCCACAAAUGAUCGAACGGUUAUCUAAUCUGAUGCAAAAUGAUGAAGAAACUGCAGUAACCAUCGAGGAAUUAUUGCAUUUAGAUCUAAUUUUCCCUACAAUCGAGACACAGUCAAGCAUAAAACUAAAUCAAAUCAACGCCUUAACUUACAGUAAAGCUAUAAAAGCUUCCAAAGUGACUGACAUGACGAACCAUUGGCUAAUAAAGCGAUUAUACGAGUUCAUGACCGAUUUACGUAAUUAUUUGGGUGAUACAAUUGGAGGAUUCGCUGUUGAUGGAUAUCUUCCUUUAGAACUUCUUUACAUCCCUCGUUUGUACAAAAAAGCCACUGAUUCUCCUUUAUUUAUAAACAAACGCAUCGAUCAAGGUUUACUUGAUACACUUUCGUUGCAUUACAAGUGGCUAGCUAAAGCUUUGUUGGAUCACAUCAAAACUGAUACCGGAUCUCCUGCCUUUCACGCACUUUUGAAGCAAUUAGAAAAACAAUUCACGGAAGAACUUCAUCCAAUUCACAUGCUUCAAAAAGUUUUUCGCGCAAAUUACUCACAUUGGAUGCCUCUUUUCACAGAAAAACAAGUAACGGCAGCGGAACAAGUUGAGAAAUUCACCAAAUUGCAGAAAUUCGUUCCGGAAUUGGGUCACGUCGUCGAAUACAAUGCUUUUCUACAGGCAUGUCGUGCGACUUUGGAUCACAAAUUCCGUGAUCUUAGACGUCAAUGGUGGUCCAACAACUCUGACGUUCUAGCACAAGCUGAAUUGGAAUUGAAAACUGUUAGUUCUGAAGCUGCCGAUACUUUUAUGGAACUAGAAUAUGAAGUACCACUUCCUAUGGAAACCGAUUCAGAUUUGCGUACUCGCAACAUUGGAGACGUGUUUCAGCUGGAAAUGGCGCCAAUACUGGAAUACUUUGUUUGUCAUUCUUUGGUGGAAUAUUACACGUCAGAAAAUCCGGAUGCGUGUCGUUUGAAUGCAGAAUAUUUUGUUGAAACUUCAACUUUAUCUCUAAGAACGUUGAAUUUAGUCAAACAGUUCCUUUUGGUCAAUUCUAAUGAAAAAACAUCAAAAAUCUCCAAAGCUCACUUAGAUACAUAUUUGUUGGAGUCUCUCGCAAAUCGAGCUGCUAUUUGCCAAAUACAAGAUGAUGUCGAGAAAUAUCGCGAAUUAGAAGUAACGUGGAAACUUUUCCUGACGGGACCUUGUUUGAGUGAGAAUUUAAUUCAAUUACUGCUUGGACCAGGUGGUGGCGUUAGAAAUGUUGGUCUUGGUCAACUGGAUCGUUGGAGACGUGCUUUGAAUGAUGUUUCGGGCGUUUUGUGGACCAACGCAAAUCUUGUUAGUCAAAUUGAUCUAAAAUCGGAGCUUUUCUUUUCUAGUCAGAUCGUCAAAGAUUUGUUAAUCCAGUUCAGAAAAAUUGAGCAUUUGCAUGAGACGACUACCACAAAGGAUGGAAAUGCAUUUUUCGAAGAUCUCACGUCACUUCGCGACUUAUUAAAAUCAAAUUAUGUCAAAGAAGAACGAAACGAAGACAUGAAGUUUACUGCCAAACGUUUGUAUCAAAAAUCAUUGAUGAUAACAAUUUGUGGCGCUAUUGAGUUACAUUUAUCCCUAUAUUUGCCGCUACUUGAUCCAGUCGAGAAAAAUCGUCUCAAAACAGAAUAUUGCAAAGAAGAUAUCGAAUAUGUUCAACGGCAAAUUUUCGCAUACGAACAUCUUUCUUGCAUCAUGAAUUAUCCCAAUCUUUUUGGACAAUCGAAAACAAAACUGAAUGAAAAAUUAACUGAACUUCGGUCAAAACUCACAGAGUUGUCGAAAAAAGUGGCUUUACGACCUGUGGACAAACCGAAUCAGUCAUACACAAAUCUCGUUCAAGAGUUGAAUCAUUUCUUAACUUCUUGCUGUGCACCUAAAAUGUUGCAAGAGUUGAUUGAAGACAUCAUCGAGUGUCACAUGAACAUGCAAACGACAAAGACAAAGGAAGUACAACAACGAAUCAAUUUGUUUUUGGCAAACGUUUCGCAAUUCGUACAUCAAUUCAAUACAAGAUUCGGCGUUUAUUACAAGGAUUUUGUGAUGCCCGUGAUAUACAGCACAAACCACUUACGAAUCGGGUUCAGUGCGUUGCAUGACUAUUUGCGAAUUCGUGUUCAGGAAAUGCGCCAUUUAAGCACAGGCUUGACCUACAACAUUAACGAAGGCGAUUCUUUGCAGCAUUUGACAUCCAAAUUAGUUCAAUUCCCACACACAGCACCACUGCAACUGACAGGAAGCAAAGGUGUUGUCACGUUACUGACCGAUUUAGAUCACAAUGAUGCGAUUUUGUGUAAACUUGUGCAAGCUAAUGUACUUGAAAUAAGAAAUUCUGUUGUUAUUGCUGGCGAAGUUGAUCUAGAAACAUUUACGAAGCUAAAGGAUGUAUUGGAACUUGGAUGCAAAAUGUGGGAGAAACAGGAACAGAUGAAGAAACAAAAGAAGGAGGAAGAAGACAGUCUUUAUGUCACAAAAACUCAUUGCGAAGACGAACCAGAAGAAGCAGUUGCUGAACGUGAAAUUGCAGAGAUUUUUCCAACGUUCAAUGAAGAAGAUUUUGCUGAUUUCAUUCAGAGAGACACAUUAGAAAAAAUUACCAAAGUAGACACCAAGAAAAUUAAGAAUGUCGUGGAGACCCUCGGUCCAGCUGAGACAAAAUUACUUGCCGAGACGUUUAUUAUUCUUAUGACACGUUUCGUACAAACUUGGUAUUACAACCCCAAAAAACAUUUUACCGAAAUCUACGAAGAAAAAGAUUAUUUGAAGCCGUUCGAAUUAAAAUUGAGUGUUUUUGCCAAAGUAUUUGGACAUUACAAAGACUGUAUGCGUGCGCAAAUGGACGAUCAAACUUACCCGACAUUCAUGAUGGGCGUUGGAUUAGCAAGAAGCAAAUAUGGAGAAGAUAGUCUUGCCAAUGCAGAGAAGAAAUUUGACUUUUACACCGAUUCAAAUGUCUCAGAGAUUGUUGAAUGCAACAAACUGCUCAACAAAAUUGAAAAACGUGUUACAGUUUUGCAGGAACAAUGGCCAGAAAACGCAGUUUUGAAUGAUAUCAUCGUCGUAAUUGAUCGAUUCCGUAAUAUUCCCUGCAUUUCCCCGAUUGUACGUUUCAGCACUGGCCUCCAAAUUUUGCGUCAAAAAUUAGACGAAUGGAAUUCUGUGGCGCACAAAGGUAACAAUAUGCGUGAUCUAGAACAUGACUUGGCAGAUUACGUUCAUCGAUGGAUGCGAAUGGAACUGCAACAUUGGCGCGAAUGUUUGAGCAAAGCACUAGAAAAGGCCCAAACACCAACUUAUUCGUUCUUUAUCAUGUUUAUGGGAAUAACAAUUGAUACAUUCUUUUCGGAAGAUAUCGAUACAGAAAAUGCUAAAUUUGGAACGAGUGAAGAGCUCGACUCGUUAUUGAUGACCGUUGACACACAUUUCACCAAUACUUUCAAACAUUUUGAAAAAUUACUUCAGAAAUUCAUGGAAUCAAGUAGUUAUGCGCAAUUCUCGCUUCGACUUGAACUGUUAAAAGCCAUGGAGCUGUAUGUGACACAUCAAGUAGUAGAAAAUCCAGAACGUAAAGAGCGUUUUAUGUCAAUAUUGUACAACACACAUGCCUAUUACCGUCAGUUUGAGGCAGCUGUGAAACAAAAGUUGGAAGACAUUCGUCGUCCGAUCGAGAAGAAAAUCAAAGAUUACGUGAAAAUUGAGUCGUUCAAUAAAGACUUGUCUUAUUUUAGUAUGAAGCACAAUAUUUCACGUGUGCAUCGUAAUUUGCACAAAUUCAUCAAAGAAUAUGAGAGUGGUAUUAAAGUUUGUGUGGGCGAAUUAUUCGCUUAUAAGGAAUCAGGUCCCGCAGCACCAGCCAAAGUUAAGGAAAUUCGAUCCACUCCCCCGUAUUCAUUGCCAGUUUUAGCAUUCAUAUCACCGAUCACACAACAGGAACCAACUUCCGAAAGAAGUGCCCAACUCGAGAAUACACAAAAUGAUCCCGUCAAAUUAUUCACACGAUCAAAAACAAUCGUUAAAAAGACAGUCGCCUCCACUAACUACACCAUGCUCUUGUUAAAUGUUGAAGACAGUAUUGCUGAUCAAAUUGAUACUGCUACUCAUUUGCGGAAACUUGAGGUCAAUCGUAAUCAAGAGCGGAAACAACAAAAAUCUGAAGCGAAACACAUAUUGAACCAAAAACGACGAGCUUUGACUGAAUUUUUCAAAUUUCUCACAAAUCUCGGAGUCAAUCAUCGUUCGGGAAUCCACCGUUUACAAGUGGGAACAACCAGUGAUUUGAUCAAUUACCAACUUCUUCCAUUCACCUUUGAAAAUUUGCAGAAGAAUGUUUCGCAUGAUCAGGUCGACGCCUCUAUCGUCACAUUGGGAGACAAUUUGGAGAGCAAAUACUUUACGUGUGUCUUCAAGUUACGCUUGUUACUCAAAGCGAUGCAGUCUCCAGCUGAAGAUUUGGGUCCAGUAAAUCUUGAAAGAAUUCGCGGGUACAGCACGGAGCUUUUCACACAAGUCCAAAAUCAAAGAAAAUAUUUGGCAAAGCGUGCCUAUGAGAUACACAAAUUACGCGAAAUAUUUAAAUAUUGCGAAAACUUGCAGAAAACGGAUAAGCCACGAAGAGAAACGGAUGUGAAAUGGGAAGACAGUCGAAAAGGACUCGUACAACUCAUUCAAUUUGUCGAGCAACUACUUUUGUUGUUGAAAGUUGCUCCAAAUGAUGUCGCUCCACAUCAUUCAGCAUUUAUAGAUGAUCUUUUUGUAUAUAAAACAUCAUCAUCCUACCCAACGAUCAUUAAGAUACUUCACGAAGUCCUCGCAAAGUGCCAACAACUCCUUGCAGAUCGUCCCAAUGACAUUGACGAUCAAAUAAAACAGCUAAAUAUGAAGUUCCAGCACAAAGAAAUCGAAAAUCUUUUCUGCAAAUUAAAUAUCAAAGUUCCAUCGGAUUGUUUCUUCGAUUCGAAUUCAGAUUCGGACGACUCGUCAUUCAUUUUAGAGACACCACACAUCAACAAGGAUCUGACAGAUCUCAUAUUUUCCAUGCUUGUGCCAAUUCAAGACUUGCACAUAAAGUACAAGGUGCCACCAUCGAAUGAGGAAGAGAACAUGAUCAACGAAAACUGUUUGACUGACAAAUUACAAGCUGAAUUACGUGCCGAUCUGAAGUCAUUGAAGCCGAAACGAGUAUUGGCAAAGCUGAACGAAAUCCUCGAAAAAGUUGAUGAUCGGUAUGCGUCUCGUACAGAAACUGUUGGCCGUGUCCUGGAAAUUUUGCCAAUCUUCGAUCAAUAUCUAAGGUUCUACGAGUUCUUUUUCCUUCAAUUGUUGGCAACGCACAAACUGAGUGUGCGACUUUUGCACGGAAUGCUCACGACCUUCUUGGAGUUGACGGCAAAGGGAUUUUGUGUGCCACCGGAUCUGCUUAGUGAUGAGGAGCCCGACCAACAAGAAAAGGGAGAUGGACAACAAAAUGCCGGCGGUUUCAGUAUGGAUAAUGGAGAAGGGGAAAAGGAUGCCUCAGACAAAAUUGAAUCUGAAGAUCAACUAGAAGAUGCUCAAAAUCCAAACGAUAAAAAUGACGAUCAGAAUGACAAGGAAUGUAAAGAAGAAAAGGGAAUCGACAUGAGCGAAGAUUUCGACGCCAAAGCACAGGAUAUCGACAAAAACCCAGAUGACUCUAGCGACGACAAUCAAUCUGAAGCUAGUGAUUUGGACAAGGAAAUGGGAGAUACCGAACAAGGAGCUGAAAAGCUUGAUGAUCAAAUUUGGGGUUCCGAUGAAGAAGAAAAUCCAGAAGAUGAGGAAGAACAAGAAAAACCAGAAGAAGAGCACGGAAAAGGGUCCGACGAACAAGAUGACACGCACAACGAUUUGAGUGCCGAUAACAAACAAAAUGAAGAAAAGUCUGGAGAUGAUCAAGAUGGUCUUGAUGCAGCGGAAAAUAGCAAUCAAAAACAGAAGGAAAAACCAGACAUCGAUCAGAUGAACGAGGAUGGCGAAGAAGAAGAUCAAGUCAAUCCCAAUCACAACGAGUUGGAAGAGCCACCAAAGCCAGACGAUCUUGAACUAGAUGACAAGAUGAACUUAGAUGGCGAAGAAAAUCCAAAAGAUCAAGAGCCAGAACAAGAAAAUCCCUUCGAUAUUGAUAAAAUGAAAGAACAGCAGAUCAACGAAGACGGUGAAGAGGGUGAAGAAAGCGAAGGCGAUGACGAAUCAAAAGACGAUACUAACAAAGAUGACGAGAAACGUGAACAGGACUCAAAAGAAGACUCUCAAGAUCAAGAAGGAGAUGAUCUGAAGGAGGAGGAAAACUCUGAUACAGAGGAGGCUGCACCAGAAAAUGAUGAAGCUGCAACUCAGGUACCCGAAAAUGAGCCGGAAAAUAAAGAAAAUGACGAAAAUAAGGAACAAGAUUCUAAAAAACCUGAAGAUUAUCGCGAAUCACGUGACAAACAAUCAAAAGAAGAUAACGUGCAAGCAAUGCCAGAGCAGAAAAACAAAGGUAGCACAGAUCAGGUGCAAGUUGAUCAACCAACAGAUACACGAAAGCAAGAAAAUGAGAUUGACGAACAAGAUACGGGUGAAGACAAAGAUGGAAUUGGUCAAGCAGAGAACGAAGAUUCCAAAGCAGGUCACAAGGGAGUGGCUCAAGCGAAGAAAAGUGAGACCCAAGAUCAAGAAAAGACCCGAGAAGAAGAACAACAAGAACAACGCAAGAAAGGUGAAAGUGACGAACGACGGACAUUAGAUAACAAGCAGUCAGAAAGAAAAAAAUUAAAAACGGUGGAGCAGAUGAAUGAUCAAAAUGAAGGAGAAGAAGAAGAGGAAGAUCUUGGCAAAAAUGAUGCCGAUGAAUAUCAACACAUUAAAGAAGCGAAAGGAACAGAUAAAUCGACUUUAGAUACGGCAACUGAAGAACAAUCGAAACAAGUGCAGCACGAAGAAGACGCGAAAAUGGACGAAGAUCCUGUCGAAGGUCAGGAAAAUUCUGAUGAAUUGCCGAAAGAAGAGCCUAUCGAUGAGCCAGAGUCCCUUGAAGAAACGGAAAAAGUCAAAAGUGAACAAAUGAAACAGAAAAAAGACAAAUCGAAACACAACAAAGACACAAGCGAAGAAAAACUCGAGACACAGGAUCCCGAAGUCACAGUUGAGGGUGAGCAAAUUGACACGCUUACAGUUCCGCGUGGUACCGACACAACUUCUCACAUAUCCAUGGAUAUUGUCCGCGAUGCCACAAGCGCAGAAGAACCAUCUACUUUCGAGACUCUCGAGCUUCGUCGAAUGUUUGAGCAACAAUUGCGUGCGACUCAAACAGCUCCCGAACAAAUGCAUCACGAAUUGUGGCAACAAAUUGCAAAUAAAAUGCUGCCAAUUUCUCGUGAGUUGUGUGAACAGCUUCGUUUGAUUUUGGAGCCUACUAAGAGAACGCGUUUUAAGGGUGACUAUCGUACUGGGCGUCGUAUCAACAUGAAAAAGAUUAUUCCAUACAUUGCCUCGCAGUUCCGUAAAGACAAAAUUUGGUUGCGACGAACAAAACCAGCGCAACGUGACUAUAAAAUUACUAUUGCUGUUGAUGAUUCAAAAUCCAUGGACCAUAAUAACAGUAAAUCGCUCACAUUGGAAGCGAUAUCAUUGGUAUCUCAAGCUCUAACGCUGCUCGAGAGUGGAAACUUAAACGUUAUUUCGUUCGGUGAAAGGCCGCAGAUAUUGCUGGAUCAUUCAGAGCAGUUUGAGGGCGCCAAAUUAAUUAAAUCACUGAAUUUCGAUCAGAAUCAGAGCAAAAUCGCUGAAUUGCUCGAUUUUACACGCAUCGAGAAUCAAGAGGGUGGCGUCAAAGGUGGCGAUAACAACUUGUUCGAGAAUUUGCUCUUGAUUCUCAGUGACGGACGCAAUAUAUUCGCUGAGGGUGAAGAGAAAGUGCGGAAUGCCAUCAAACUUGCAAGAUUGCAACGAAUCUUUAUCGUGUAUAUAAUCAUUGAUAAUCCAGAGAAUAAGCAUUCAAUUUUGGACAUUCGAAUCCCAAAGUUUUCGGAAGAUCGUAAGACGAUUACGAUGCACAACUAUUUGGAUUUGUUCCCGUUCCCAUAUUACAUAAUUUGUCGCGAUUUGAAUCAAUUGCCGUUCGUAUUGAGUGAUGCCAUGCGCCAAUGGUUCGAACUGGUGAACAGUGAUCAGUAAAUACUGACUUUUAUGUAAAUAUAUUUUAUAUCUGAAGAGAAUAAGUAAAUAAAUUUGUUAUAUUUUAUUCAUUUUAAUAAUUUCUUGUCUAUUUUUUCGUUUUGCAUCUCGAAAAUUUUAAAUGAAAGUACCCGACU